AAAAUAAGCUAAUUCCCACUUCCCUCCAUUCACGGUCUACUUCUCAAUCAUCAGCGUCUCCGAAAUCCCAAAUCCACAUUUCCAAAUCGGCCUCCGAUUCGAAUCCCAACUGCGACAACGUUGUCCACGGCCGAGGUUGUCGUUUCAAGGAUUUCUCAAUCGCAUGAAUCUCUAAACGACAGCGUUCGACGCCCCCUCUCGCAUUUUCGAUCAAGGUGCCGUUUUGACGUCGCCACCACCCUCAUCAACACAAAUGAACCGAGGGUUUCGGUUCUCAUAGCAUGGUUCCGCCAAAAUCAGUAAUGGGUCACCCAAUGUAGUGGAGAAUCCAAAGUGGAUUUGAAAAUUUGGCGGGUAGUAAUAUAUAUAAUCUUUUGCUUAAGUUUUUUUUAUGAAAUUUUCUGGUGUUUUGUUGAAUUCUAGAUUUGGAUUUUGGAGUUUUGGGAGGGAUUUUUAUUAUGAGAGGUAGGAUCGAGUGUUUUAAGGUGAAUCUGCAGCGAUGACGGGAGUGCCAUUGGCAUUGGGUCUACGGUCCACGAGCUUCAACUCGCUGCAGCAGCUGCAAUUGCAAAACGGUGGCGUUUUGACGGCUUCGCCGGCUGCGACGCUCCCUCGUAGGCCUUCGAAGGCGCUCCUUCACACGCCGAGGGAGAAGGAGAGGAUGUGCCUCUCGAUUUGCCGGCAACUUGGGAGAGGGAAGGUGGCAAUGCUGCUUUUGGUUGGUCUUGGAUUCUUGGUUUUCGUUUUUGGUUGCUUUAUGAUUUACAGUGGUGGAAAUAUCUCUAGUGAAAUUGAAGAUACAAGAUCUUAUACCGUUACUAGGUAUGAAAUUGUAAAAUCUGAUGAAGUAGGAGAUAAGUCACGAGAUAGUAAUUAUUCUAGGGUGACCUCAUUGACUACUAGGCAGCAACGCAAGUUAAAGCCACCACGAGCACUUGGGCCACCAUCUUUGUCCAAGUCUAAAGGAAGAAAGGGAUAUUUUCCUACCUUGAGCCAUCAAUGUGACCAUUUUGCAUUCCCUCCUCCCCCUCCUGCUGAUAGAAGACGACCUGGACCGCGUCCAUGUCCUGUGUGUUAUAUACCAGUGGAACAAGCAAUAGCUAGUAUGCCGAGCUCCCCAUCAGUGUCUCCUGUGCUUCACAGUUUGACUUAUGUGCAAGAUGAAAUUCCAAUUCAAACUUUUAUGCAAAAAAAUGAUGAUCCAACUAAAACUCAACCAGAUGGUGGCUCCGAUUUUGGUGGAUAUCCUACUCUGCAAGAAAGGGAUGCUGCUUUUGAUAUAAAGGAGGCCAUGACAGUGUAUUGCGGAUUUGUCAAAGGAAGCAGACCUGGUCGCCAAACAGGAUUUGACUUUGACGAGGCAGAUCUAUUCGAGUUGGAUCAAUACCAUGACGUCAUUGUUGCAUCUGCCAUAUUUGGAAACUAUGAUCUCAUACAGCAGCCGAGGAAUAUCAGUGAAGAAGCAAAGAAAAAUAUCCCUUUCUAUAUGUUUAUUGAUGAAGAAACAGAGUCCUUUAUGAAGAAUGCCAGUAUUUUAGGUGUUAGUAGGAGGGUUGGAUUGUGGAGAAUCAUUGUUGUCCGUAAUAUUCCUUAUACUGAUGCUCGGCGAAACGGAAAGGUUCCUAAGCUUCUUCUGCACAGAAUCUUCCCCAAUGUCAGAUAUUCUAUAUGGAUUGAUGGAAAGCUUCAACUUGUGGUGGACCCGUACCAAGUCCUUGAAAGGUUCUUGUGGCGCCCAAACGCCACUUUCGCAAUUUCAAGACACUAUAGACGCUUUGAUGUCUUUGUUGAAGCUGAGGCUAAUAAAGCUGCUGGGAAAUAUGAAAAUUCUUCCAUUGAUCAUCAGGUUCAAUUUUACAAAUACCACGACGGACUAACCCAUUAUUCGAAGGAUAAGCUUCCUAUAACUAGUGAUGUUCCAGAAGGUUGUGUUAUCAUAAGAGAACACAUUCCAAUUACAAAUCUAUUUACCUGCUUAUGGUUCAAUGAGGUUGAUCGCUUUACUUCCAGGGACCAGAUAAGCUUUUCUACUGUCAGAGACAAAAUCAUGGCAAAAGUUGACUGGAGUAUUAAUAUGUUCUUGGAUUGCGAAAGGCGCAACUUUGUGAUACAGGGUUACCACAGAGACAUACUAGAGCACAUGCCUCCACCAGUUGUAAGAAGAAAUCCACCCGUUGUUGCCAUUGCUAGAAAUAGUAAUAAUAAUAAUAAUAAUAAUAAUAAUAAUAAUAAUAAUAAUAAUAAUAAUAAUAAUAAUAACAACAACAACAAUAAUAGGCCUCAGAUUAAGAAGAACCCUAGGCGUGGCAGAGAUAGGAAAUCAGGUUCAAGGCGUCAUCAUAAAGUAGGCACCGUAAUUUGAGGUUUUUCAGUUUUUCUUUUUUCUUUUUCUUAACCAAAGUUUUGUCAAUUGUAAAUGCAUUCUUUCUUGCAAGGUAAUAUAUAUACAUCACAAGAGCUUUGAUGAA